GAAUGACAUUGGAAACGUACUCCACACACUCAGUAAUCACCGACAAAAGGUUCUCCGUAUGAACAAGGCAAUGUGUGCGUCACGGGACCUGAUCUCAAUUUGGCCGUGCUUAUAAGCACCAUUUUGAAAUCUCAAAAUUCUCCAUGGCGGCGAAGAAUAUGAGAAACAUAAGGAUUUCGUGUAUAAUCUGGCUUGCGUUUUGCUGGUUGGUUGAGUGUGACGACCGACGGCAACCACUGAGGUUCGGUGGGAAAACGGGGGAGUUUAGGAUUCUGCAAGUGGCGGAUAUGCACUAUGCCGACGGUUGGAAAACUCCUUGCGAGGAUGUGUUUCCCCAGCAGAUGCCCUCCUGCUCCGAUCUCAACACCACUGCCUUCAUUCGCCGUCUCAUUCUUGCCGAGAGACCCGACCUCAUUGUUUUCACUGGUGAUAAUAUUUUCGGCUUUGAUGCCUCUAACCCGGAAACAUCAAUGAAUGCUGCAUUUGCCCCGGCAAUGUUAUCAAAUAUACCAUGGGCUGCUGUUCUGGGAAAUCAUGAUCAAGAAUCUACUUUAUCAAGGGAAGGUGUGAUGAAAUUUAUUGUUAAAUUGAAAAACACUUUGUCUCUGUUAAACCCUCCUGAAGCUCACGUUAUCGAUGGAUUUGGGAAUUACAAUUUGGAAGUCCACGGAGUUAAAGAUUCUAGUUUAGUUAAUAAAUCUCUUCUCAAUCUCUACUUUCUAGACAGUGGUGAUUACUCUACAAUUCCCUCCAUCCCUGGCUACGGCUGGAUCAAACCUUCUCAGCAGUUCUGGUUUCAACGAACGUCCCUCAAGCUUAAGAGGAGUUACAUGAAGAAACCAGAGCCUCAAAAGGCUCCUGCUCCAGGGCUUGUGUACUUUCACAUUCCAUUGCCUGAAUAUGCAAGCUUUGAUUCGUCAAACUUCACAGGUGUGAAACAGGAAGGCAUUAGUUCAGCAUCUAUUAACUCUGGCUUCUUUACGACCAUGGUAGAGGCAGGGGAUGUGAAGGCUGCUUUCACAGGCCAUGAUCACCUCAAUGACUUCUGUGGUGAGUUAACGGGUAUACAUCUAUGUUAUGCUGGAGGUUUUGGAUAUCAUGCAUAUGGGAAAGCUGGAUGGGCGAGGAGGGCGAGGAUGGUGGUAGCAUCGUUGGAGAAAACAGAGAAAGAAGCAUGGGGAACAGUCAAGUCUAUCAAAACGUGGAAGCGUUUAGAUGAUGAUCACCUCACUGCUAUUGAUAGUCAGGUGCUCUGGAGUAAGAGAUCCAACAGUCUUUUUGUUGAAAAUGAGUUUCAGGAAAUGGUGGUCAAACAGGGCUUAAUUCCAUUGGAAAUGGUAGGAGCGCGAGAGGGGUUAAAAAGACCCCGUAGUCCAGACUCUGCUAUAAAAAGUGGUCGUAGAAAGAAGCGGAUUGGCCGCCUAUGAUAGUGAAAAUUAAUAUUGCAACAAGAUUGACAUGGACAAAAAUGGCAAUAGAAGAAGCUUAUGUACAACAACUGUAUUACGUUUAGUUUUUGUAAUAUUCCAUGAAGUUUUCAUGGAUUAUUGCAUAUAAGGUGAGUUCAACCUCAACGCUGUGGAACAGACGUUAAAAAAUAUAGUAAAUUAAAUUUUAUGAAUAUUCAUAUAUUUCAGUGAUCGAAAGGGAAGUUAUAAUUUGUAUUGAAGGAUAUGUGGAAUGGCCUAAUAUCAGUUACUGAGCUAAUAUGUGUGUUCAAAAUGCGAAAUACAAUUAUCAGUUAUAGAUUACAAUUCCA